CCAUUUGUAUGUGGUUCAUAAUAUGGUGGAACCACAAAUAAUAGAAUUCAUUGAUUGGGUUGGUGGUGAAGAGGGUUAUGGUGUGGAUGUUGAGGUGCAUACUGAAGGUGAUGGCCAAGAGGGUGGUGAGGUCCAGGUUGAGGAUGCUGAUGUGGAUGAGGUUCAGGAUGGUGAGGUCCAGGGUGAGGUCCAGGUUGAGGUCCAAGGUGAGCUCCAUCAUGUACAAGAACCAGAGGUGCAUGAGGUUGAUGAUUUUGAGGUAGAAGAUUUAGGAGAGGAUGAUGAUGUAGAGGACAUUGAGGGUGAGGAGUUACAUGAAAAUGAGAGUGAGGUAGAAAGUGAGGAGGAGGAUCUACAUGAUGUUAGCGUGUAGUGUGACAUUGGGUGCUAUAAAGGAAAUGUUAGAGAAGAACAUUCCAGUCGAGUGCUUGAUUCUUUUGAAUCUUCUGACAUUGAGAACAAUAUGGAUGGUGUACGUGGGUUGUCUGACAAUGAGUGGCUGUCAGAGGAGCUGAUCAGUGAUAUAGAGGACAGUGAGGGUGAGGAGGAUGGUGGGUCCAGUAAGAGUAAGACAACCUUUCCAACUUUUAGUAUGCCAAGAAGUAUGGAUGGUUAUAAAUGGGAGGUAGGAACCUUUUUCGCUGAGAAAAAGGAAUUCAUGGAUGGUAUUCAGACUUAUGCACUUAGUAAUGGAAGAAACAUGAAAUUUAUAAAGAAU